AGGAUACUCCCUGUUUAAAAACCAGUUUCUUUUUCUGUAUGCUGGACUUAAUGGAUUUGGUCACCCAUGGUUUGUUAUUAGGGUAAAUUUUAACUAACUUACAGGGAAUGAUCAUGUCCCUGUAAAAGGCAACAUAUGAACAUGUUACAUCAACAAGUUUGUCCAAAUCAUCACCACAAGAUUGUUUAAACAUGUUCCAGUCCGUGCAGUCAUAACAUUCCUGCACACAGAGCACAGAUUCUUCAGUCCAGACCUUUAUGUCCUUUGUCUGCACUUUCUCUUUCUCCUUAAAACCGUUAUAUAUGGGCAGUAAGUGCACACAGUUAUGAUCCGCAGAGCCCAGUGGAGGUAGUGGGAGUGAUUAAUAAGUGUCCUUUACUGACCCAUAACAAAGAUCUAAUGUCUUAUCCCGCCUAGUUGGACAGGAGACAUAUUGGUAAAGGUUUGUAAGCGUCUUUUGAAGGGACACAUGGUUAAAAUCACCCAGUAUGAAGUUUGGUGCAUCAGGUGAAAUCGACUGCAGUUUUUGCACCACAUCGAAGAUAGUGCUAGAGGCAGAGGCAGCAUUUGCCUUUGGGUGGAUGUACACUAUUGUCAUAAAAAGUUGUGGAAACUCACGGGGCAGGUAGAAAGGACGUAACGAUACCGAUAAAAGUUCGACAUCUGGCGUACAAAUGCAUUCUCUGACAGUCACGGAGCUACAGUAUUGUUUGUUAAAAUAUAAACAUACCCCACCACCUUGUUUUUUCCUCGUCACUUCAGCCUUUUGAUCCAGAUGAAAUGGCGCUCCAAAACCAUUGAUGAAAACAAUCGAGUCGUGCUCAGUGAGCCAUGUUUCAGUGCCAAGAUGCAGCAGUCUUUGAAGUCCUUCUGAAAACGGACGUACCCCUGGAGUUCGUCCACUUUGUUCCUCAGGGACUGGACGUUCCCCAUGAUCACCGAGGGCAGAGAAAUCCGGAGUAUUCUUUAGGAUCCUCAAAAAAUAAGAUUUUGAGAGCUGCAUUAAAUGUUGAAGAAACUAUGGUGGAGGAGUGUGCCGAAGCUAUAAUGAUGGAGAAGAAAGUUGUGUUCCAGAAAGACCCCACGUUUAAGCUAAAUCUCCAGGUUUGUUUACUGCAAAUAUCUGGAUACAAGAGACUAUAUGUAUCUGUAGAAGAUCUCAGAAAACAGAUGUUUGAUUCUGAAAAGGCAGAACAUGAGAACAUGCUUUUGAAGCUAUGGGACUUAUUGGUGCCCUCAGUAAAGCUGGAAUCCAGAAUUACAAAGCAGUGGGGACAUAUCGGUUUCCAAGGCGAUGACCCCAAGACUGAUUUCAGAGGAAUGGGCAUGCUGGGCUUAACCAAUCUAGUUUUCUUCAGUGAGAAUUACACUGAUGUCGCACAGCAGGUCCUCUCCCAUUCAAAUCAUCCCAAAUUAGGGUACUCAUAUGCUAUAGUGGGAAUUAACCUCACAGAGAUGGCUUACAGCUUGCUGAAGAGCGGAGCUCUCAAGCCUCAUUUCUACAACACUGUGCCUCAGAGCCCAAAACUGGAGCACUUCCACCAGCUAUACUGUUACCUUGCAUAUGAGUUUGAUAAAUUUUGGGUUGAAGAAAAGCCGGAGAGUAUCAUGGAGUUUAAUCGCUACAGAGAAAAGUUUCAUGAGCAGGUGAAAAAACAGUUGGAAGAACCAGAUGUCACUCUCUAUUUGAGAGUGGAUUCUAAAUAGGAAAUGCUCAGGGAACUAAAUAACAGAUGCAAUUGGGACUCAAACUUUUUAUUUCGCGUAAUAAAGUAGGCAUCUAGAACUACCCUUUCUUUUAAAUUAAACCCAUUUUUACUGUAACAUUUCAAUGGGCUUUAGAUAUAUGAUACUGUAAAUACUGAAAAUAUGAAUCCUAGUGCCUCAGAGGAAGGGCAUUCCAGCGAUCCCGUCCCUGUUGAUAGAAUUCGAGUACUCAGUGGUGUUUGCUCCAUGGGAUUACAACUGUUAAGUGGUAUGAGACGCAAAUUAUACAUAUGGGUUAUUGAAGAUGAUUUAAAUAUAAUAACCUGUUGAAAUGUGUCUUAUAAUUUAAUUUUGAAUAUUUGAAUGUGUUGCAUGUCUUUGGCACAGGCUCCUUGUUCUUGUUUAAUGUACAUCCCAGGAAAUAUUCCUGAAUCCAGAAAGAAAGAAUCCUGCAUUUUUCUCAGUGCACAGCAUGAACACUUUCAGUGAAAUCAAUUUUCAUGCAUUUCAACUGGCAGUUGCUCCAGUGAUGUGGUUCUUUUACCCCUACAAUUGUAAAGAAACACUUUAAGAGAAUCAUUUCCCUGAAGCAAAAUAAUUGGCCUGUUAAUUUC